AUGAAGGUGGCGGUGUGGAAUUGUCGAGGUGCAGGAGGCCCCUUGACAAUUCCCCAAUUGAAGGAGGGGUUCCAUGGACUUGGUGCAAUACAUGGGAGGGAGGGGGAGGUAAAGGAGAGAUUGGAUAGAUGUUUAAGGAGUGUGGGAUGGAUGCAAGUCUAUGAAAAGCGUGGGGAAAAGAACAAAAUGGAUCCAGGAUGUAUAAAGUUACCAGAAAGAAUUAAGGAGUGUAGAGUAGCAUUGAUCAAGUGGAACAGAACAGCAAAAGGUAAUGCAAAGCUGAAAAUCCAGGAAAUUAAGGAGCAAUUGAAGGUCACAAAAGAAGCGAGGGAGUUGUGCAACAGAGGAGUCAUUGCAACCUUGAAGAUUCAGCUAAGCAAAGCUUACAGGAAGAAGAGCUAUAUUGGAGUCAGAAGUCCAGAAGCAGAUGGCUCAAUGAGGGGGACAAAAACACUACUUUUUUCCAUCAAAGUGUCAUGGCUAAAAGGAAACGAAACAGAAUCAGUGUUCUCCAAAAAUCUGAUGGGGAAUGGUGUAGGAGCGACAAGGAAAUUGAGGAGGAAAUGUUUGAUUAAACCUGUGGAUGAGGGGGAGAUUAAACAGACCAUUUUUUCUAUGUUCCCUAACAAAGCCCCAGGAGUUGAUGGUAUGUCCCCGUGUUUCUCUCAAUCUUACUGGAGCAUAAUCAAUGUUGACAUUGUCCAUGGCAUUUCUACCUUCUUUCAUACGGGCAUUCUUCUUAAGACCAUCAAUGAGACCAUCAUUUCCUUAGUCCCCAAGGUUGAUAACCCUGUGAUGCUUGCUAAUUUUAGACCUAUUAGUCUUUGCAACGUUUUGUAUAAAAGCAUUUCCAAGAUUUUGGCUAAUAGACUGAAGAAGGUCCUUAAGCAUUGCAUUAGUCCAUCUCAGUCUGCAUUUGUUCUUGGCCAGCAAAUUUUAGACAAUGUUAUCAUUGCUCAUGAAAUUUUACAUUUCCUUAAAAGGCUUUCAAAUCUGAUCAAGAAAGUUGUGGAUAAUAAGCAUUUAACUGGAAUCAAAAUUUGCAAGGACAGUCCUAUGGUAUCUCAUUUAUUUUUUGCAGAUGAGUCCCUACUGUGUUGUAAAGCAAGUAAAAAAGAAGCUCAAAAGCUCAAGGAUGUACUCAAGAUUUAUGGACAAGCAUCUGGACAGGUAGUAAAUUUUGAUAAAUCUGCUAUGUUUUUCAGUGGGAAUUCUCCCAAGAGAGUUAGAGGGGAAAUUAGUAAGGUGCUGGACAAUAUGAAGGAGAUGCAUAGUGGCAAAUAUCUAGGACUUCCGAUGACGAUUGGGAGAGAUAAAAACCAGGAGUUUGGGAUUUCUGAUGAACAACAUUAA